AUGGACUCUGACAGUGAAACAGCACCACUUCUCUCUGAACGCGCUUCUUCCCAACACCAUGUUACGGCAUCUCAAUUCCUCCCCGUUUCGUUCUUAGCGUCGUUGGGAAUGGCGGCAACAGUAGCUACAACUAUCUAUGCUUAUGCGGACCUCCUUUGCACUGAUCCCACUGCCUGUGAAGACUCCGAACAAAGCGCCUACGCCGCGGUUGUCGCCAUAGCAAAUGGCCUCGCUCAUACUAUAGCCAUUCUCAUUCUGGGACCUUUACAACACUUGGUGAACAGGUACCUCAGGGCUGGACUCUUCCUGUGGAUUAUCUGCAGAGCAGCAAGCGUGGUAUGUUUGGUUAUCGGAGUCGCCGCCCGGAGUGUGCCGAUUGCAGUAUCGGGUCGUGUCUUUGAAGGACUGGCGUCGGACAAUCUGCUGCACUUCAAUCUGAAUACUAUUUACGUGUCUCUGACUUCCUCCACACGCAAGGAAGCUUCACGCCCGAUUGCAGCAUCAUUGGCGCUCUAUAUGUUAGGUACCGCCGUGGCACCUAUUGCAGUCACAGUUUUCCGAAGCUAUACAGCGAGCUUCACGACGGCGUUGAUGAUUUUUGCUCUCACGAUUGCCUACCUGGCCGUCUUUGUGCGUCAGCCUGUUCGCUAUGCUACCUGCACUGCGUCGAAUGAAUCUGCCCAACCAGGAUGGCACAAAUCUCCGCUGCAAGUUCUGCUAUCCCCUCUACGGCCGUUCUAUGUUAAUCGGACGGCCAUACCUUACGGACUGUCGCUCCUAUUAUAUACAGCCGUACAAGGACAUUUGUUUCCCGUUAUUAUGGUCUUUGCCUCCAUUAGAUUUCACUUUGGUACUUUCGAGAAUGGCUUGAUCGUCUCCACAGCCGCCAUCUGUGCCGCAUUUCAAAUUUCCUUCCAGGUUUAUGUGGCUCCGAUGUUGGUUCGGUUCGGUCAUUGGCUCGGAUGGGGGCAUCCAGAUAUCUCGAGGGUGCAGCAUCAGGAUCGCAAUGCUGUGGUCGGCGCACUUGUGUUGCAAAUGGUUGCGCUGUCAGCAAUUACCCAAGUGCGCAGCCCUAUUCAGUUGUACCUAGCAGUUGCUCUCUCGUCCGCCGGGUUGGCAGUCCCGGCUUUCUUCAAGGCCCACUUUGUCUCAUUCAUGCCGAACGCACCACAGGCUAUAUCUGCGCUGACGUUCAUGGAAAGUGUGGGAGGACUGAUAUCCCCAUUCGUCCUGGGGGCAUGGCAGGCGGUUAUUCCCGGCGCAUCAGUCUUCUUCCUGGCGGUAGCACUAUUAGGAACAACCCUGGGUCUGUUUUUGGUGGCGUGUCUCCUUCAUUCUUCAGGUCGGCAUUGAGUGACAUUGCAACUCAAAUGCCC